AUAAACCCUGAUUUCAUAUCUCAAAUCCCCUCUUCUUUUUUGGCACUAAAACAAAAGCCCUAGCCCCCUCAAAAACUCGACAUUUACUGCCUCCUCCUCCGAACUUGGAAAUUUCGCUGUCUAAAUCUGCCACCCUCACACCCUCUGAGUUUAUUUUCUCUUCUAUUUCUCUGCCACAGCCGCACAUAGAUUUAGAGAGAGAAAGAUAGAGAGAGCGAGAGACGGAGAUCAAUGGAAGGAAGCUCGAUAAUACCAGAUUCAGUGAUGGAAUCAGUGAAGAAAACCUUGGGGGACGUCGAAGAACUUCGACCCCACCUCCUCCAGUUCCUCUCCCUCGCCGACGCCGACGUCCUCGCCGAAAUGCCGCCGCUCGAGCGCGCCCACUCGCUGCUUAUGCUCUCCAAGGCCACCACCCUCCUUUUUGCCUUGAGGCUGAGGUGCACUGGAGUAAACCCAUUUAACCAUCCAGUCAAAACGGAGUUCGAUAGAUUAAAAUUGUAUGAGGAGAAGCUUGAGAAGUUGGUGGAUUUGAGUAAAGCACCCUUGCGACCAUCCACUACUUUAAAUCAUCAGGCAGCUACCCGUUUCAUCGAGCAUUCUUUGCCCGACCUCACCCCUGAUCAGAGGCAAAGUAUGAGAGCCAUUAGCAAAGGAGAUGGGCCAACCAUGAAGUAUCUAGAAAGGAAUGCACCAAAGAAAAGGAAAUAUCAAUCUCCUAAUAAACAAUCAGUUCAAUCUGCUGCCAAGGAAUUCCUUGAGAAAGCAGCACGAGAGAUACUUGGUGAUAAUGAAGGUGGUAUGAAGGGACCUAUACAGAUCAGUUCAGAUGAAGAGGACGUAUCCAUGAGCUGAUUCCUGAUUUUCCCGGGUUGCGUUGCGGAGACCAGAUUUGCUCUCGUUUUGGAAUGAUCCGUCAUCCGUCCUCUCUGUAGUUCCUUUGCGUUUUCUUUCUUUUUCACAGUGCAAGUUUUUGUGUUGUUACCUUUUGAUAAGUAGAAAUGUAGUUGUAAUUUACCAGACGAAUGUAUAAGCAUCUUAUUAUGUCUUAAACGGGAAGGUGUUGCUUGGAGGAAUGUGUAAUCCAUAUACUGUCUUAUAUAUCAUGACUGCAACUCUCUGGAUCAAA